GUUUUAUAGAUCAACUUGGUUUCUCUCCAUAUGAACAGGAUUAAAAUGCUCCAUAUGUUUUGUUUACAAUGUUAAACCAGUGCCAGAAAUGACUGGUGCAAACGUGCAUUUUUUUAUGCAGCGUAUAUUUGUUCAUUGAAAUAAUCGUUGUCAUUGCUGGGGAGAUUCUAUUUAUGACCGGCACUUUCCCCAAAGGCUGAAGAAGUAAACAUUUGCUGCCUUCUGUGCAGCGGACGAAGGAGAUAGUGAAUCUAAUUCACGGACAGGUCUACCUCCAGAUUGAGAUGCACAAUGAAAACCGUCAGGGUUGCAGUGGUGGGAGCCGGAGUGAUCGGAUUCUCCACCGCCGUCUGCAUCGCUGAGGCUCUUCCCUCGUGCUCCGUUACUCUGCUGGCUGACAAGUUCAGCCCGGACACCACCAGUGAUGGAGCUGCUGGGAUCCUGUUUGCUGCAAAGUUUCCAGAUAUUCCCUUGGAAAGACAAAAGCGGUGGUUCAAGGACAGCUUUGAACACCUGUUGGCCAUUGCCCAAUCGCAACACUCGCCGGAAGCUGGAGUAAUGCUGAGCUCAGGCUGGCAAAUCUUCAAAGAGGUUCCAGCAGAUAAGAAACCCUUCUGGUCAGAGUUUGUGAUCGGUUUUCGAUCCAUGACCGCCCGAGAACUGAAACGGUUCCCGGAUCACAAGUUUGGCCAGGCGUUCACCACCAUCAAAUGUGAAUGCACAAGCUACCUGCCGUGGCUCGAGAAGAGGUUCAGAAAAGCUGGAGGCCAAGUGCAGCAGAGGAGAGUCACCAGUCUUGAUGAAUUAAGCAGCAGCUAUGAUAUUAUUGUCAACUGCUCUGGUCUGGGCUCCAAAAUGCUGGUGGGUGACAAUCAAGUGUACCCAGUCAGAGGCCAGGUCCUCAAGGUGGUGGCACCCUGGCUACAGCACUUUAUUCGAGAUGGAGACGGGAAGACGUACAUCUACCCCGGCAUACACAGCGUCACCGUAGGCGGCACGAGGCAGGAGGGCGACUGGCGACUCCAGGUGGACGAAGGAGACACAGAGAGCAUCCUGGAACGCUGCAUCAGGCUCGAGCCGUCGCUCAGAGAAGCCAAAGUUCUCAGCAAGUGGGUCGGUCUGAGGCCAAGCAGGAGGAACCCGAGGGUGGAGAGGGAGGUGGUGCAGCUGCAGGGCCGACGAGUGCCUGUGGUCCAUAACUACGGCCAUGGGGGUUGGGGAGUCACUCUAGCCUGGGGAACCGCCCUGGACGCACUGGGGCUGGUCAGAAAUUGCCUUCGUGAGAUGCCUCCACAAGCGAAACUGUGAACAAAUUCUGCUGCUAAAUCCUCAUUUUAGUUAGUGCUGAUAUCAUAUUUUUAAUAACACAGUUUCAGGGAGAUGUAAAUCACUGAGAGACAACAAAUCAAAACUUAUUAAAUGCAUUAGUAAGAAAGAACAUAAGAAAAAACAUAAUUAAAUUCACUAUUUUUUCAUAAAUAGUGAAUUUAAUAGUAAUUUAAUAUACUGAUAACAGUGGUGAACAAUUCUUGCUUAUGAGGGAAUUUCAUGAUAAACAGAUUUUUUUGUUUGUUUUUUGGUGCCAGUAACAGACAGCUGCCUUUGAGUGCAGAGAUGUACUGUCAGAAAGGCAGAAAACAUUUAUUAAAGUGAGGCUAGAGAGGUGAUUAACAGCCUUGUAUAUAUCAAAGAAGCCUUUAUUAAUUAAGUUAAUGAAUUGAGAAAUACUGUACAAAAAUUACUGAUGUGAUAAGCACAACUGUUCUACUACUAAAUGUUUUUUGUUAACAAUUUACAUAAAAUGGAGUUUCUGAAAUACACUGAUUGUACCUGUGUGCCGCAAAACUACUGAUUGUUUACUGUGUGAACUAGUACAUUUGAUAUUUCUUCCUAAUUUCUGUCACUGAUUGUACUUAGAUGACACAAAUAUCAACAAAUUUCUCUUAUUAGCAA